GAAUAAGGUCAAAGCGCCCUCUCGCCUCUCUUCGCUGUUUCUCAACUGCGAAAAAAAAAAAAAAAAAAAAAACCCUCCUCCUCCUACUCCUCCUCCGCCCUCAAUCUCCGUAAUAAUAAAGAGAAAGAGAAACUGAUCCUUCAACCUCGUUCCUCACUUACUUAAGAAUCUGACCGCUUCGAGUUAAACUAGAGAUGGGAUUUAGGGUUUCGGAUGAGCUGCUGGGCACUUUCGUGCCGAUCGCGGUCUACUGGAUCUACUCGGGAUUCUAUGAGCUUCUCGGCGGUCUCCAUAACUACAGGCUUCACCCGAAGGGCGAAGAGGAAGUCAAGAACGUGGCGACCAAAGCAACGGUUGUUAAAGGAGUUCUCAUUCAGCAAGCCUUUCAGAUCGCCGUCUCCCUUCUCCUGUUCACGUUCAUCGGUGAUGACUCAAUGACAGUUUCGCGGCAACCUUCUAUUAUUUUGAUAUUAAUUCAGUUUGCAAUCGCUAUGGUAGUGAUGGACACAUGGCAGUAUUUCGUGCAUCGGUAUAUGCACAUUAACAAGUUCUUGUACAAACACAUCCACUCCAAGCACCAUAGCCUUGUUGUCCCCUUUGCCUAUGGUGCUCUAUACAAUCACCCCCUUGAGGGGCUACUCCUGGACACUGUCGGUGGGGUUUUGUCCUUCCUUAUCUCCGGAAUGACCCCUCGGACCUCAAUCUUCUUCUUUUCUUUUGCGACAGUCAAGACGGUUGAUGAUCAUUGUGGAUUGUGGCUUCCAGGCAACCUCUUCCAUGUGUUCUUCAGUAACAACUGUGCUUACCAUGAUAUUCACCAUCAGCUCUAUGGAAACAAGUACAACUUCUCACAACCUUUCUUUGUGACAUGGGAUAAAAUUCUUGGAACGUACAUGCCCUAUUCACUUGAAAAGAGGAAAGAAGGGGGAUUGGAGGCGCGACCAAUAAAAAAGAUUGACUAAGGUCGCAUUCUAUAUAUUAACCUGUUAUCAAUAUUUAUUUUUCUGUUUAUAAAGGUUAGAAUUGAUGUUGCUAGAGUAUAGAGAUGAUCAUUUGAUGAAGGCAAUGUUUGCGAGUUGUUUUCUUGUAUUCUGUAGUGUGUACAUAAAGCAUUAUUCAUUUGUUGGUUGAUUCCCUCGUGCUUCCUAUCCACCUUGCUCAACCUUUCCCCUCCUUCCUCCUCAACUCAAGAUCUAAGCUCGGUGACACCAUCUUCACUGUCAGUGAGCAGCUCAACGAUGACAAGAAAUUUAUCAGAUUAUCUGUCAGACCGCUGCUGGAUGUGCUCUUAAGUUCAUACACAGCCUAGCACAAGGUUGAUGGAGGAUCGAAUAAACAAUUCGGAGGCUAAUAGAAAUCGUUACCUAACCCUAAUUUUCUAUUUGUGGAUAUGAGAUCUAUCACUACAUGCUCUUCUUGGACAAUGUAAUUACUGCAUUUGUUCUCGAGAAGUCUACGCUCAAGAAUGCUGAAACCAUAUAGGCGUGACAUAUAAGAUGUAUGUGGAGACAAUGCAGGUAUGUUUCACUUGGGGGCCGAUUGUCUGUGGGGCUGCCAUGGAGGUCACAUCUGUCUUAUAUUUUUUCCGUUCUCGAGCUUGUGUUAUUUUCCAGUGAUUUGGAUAUAUUUGAGAGUGGUCAGAAAUUGGGAUGCCCUUUAGUACUUGAGAGUUUAUCCGUCUUUUCCAAGUAGAGUCGGAUUGUGUCUUUGGAGGUCGGUAGGGCAGAAGGAUCUGACUGGGUUUUUGCGGUGGGACAUGAUGGCAAUAUGAACUUGGUGGCAGAGAAGUCUUCGAGGGGUUCCGGUAGUCAAUACACGAGCUUUUCUAUUUUUGUUUGAGGAAUGUCAGCAUGUUUUCCGCUCUGUGUGAAUAUGUAUGAUUCCAGCGAAUGGAGGAGGAAGGAUUUCCUCAGUAUCAAGCCUCGAGCGAGGAUACCUUGGAACCCAGAGCCUGUUACCGGCAGACUUGCUGACGUUAUACGCUACCACAAAGCCUCUCGAGUAGUCAAAGCAUGCGAUAGUUCAGCUACAUCCAAGCAAGAGGUAAAUGAAAUCUGUGAUCCUCUGUCGAACAUUUUAAUGAAACAUGAAGUCUGGGUCGGACAUUGACAUGAACUGAUACAAUCACUGGAAGACUCUUGAGUUUGUUGAUACUGGCUGGAAUUUCUUCCAAAUCCAAAUUAUGAUGCAAAAGAUGGUGUUUGUCAAAAUUGUUUGCUGAUUUCAUGUUCCAAUUUCCCCAAGUCUGCCCUGUUUAUUAUCAUAUAAGUGUGCACGACUCUCUGUUUUCCUUAGAUCGUGUUACUGGUUUGCUUGAAACAAUUUACAAAUUAGAAACGCCGAGGUGGUUGACGUUUGUAGUUCAUCCGGCGCUUCUCAAUCUUUGCAGCAAAUUAUUACCUUUUGAAGGGAUUUGAUUUUAUCUUGA